CAGCCAUUCUUUGCGACGAGACCGAGGAAGCAGCACUCUCGUUCAGUCCUGAGGAUUACUGUGCAAAAUUUUCCAUCAUGUCAUUGGUUAGAGGUGUUUUCAUCGUGGGUGCCAAGAGAACCCCCUUCGGCGCCAUGGGGGGCAAACUCAAGGACUGGACCCCGACCGAUCUUUCGGUCGCUGCUUCGAAAGCUGCCAUCGCGCAGGCAGGUGUCGAUCCCAAGAACAUCGACACUUGUGUCGCUGGAAUUAUCAACCAGAUCGCAGCGAAAGACUCCGCUUACUGCUCUCGACACACAGCCCUCAAAGUUGGAAUGCUGGAGCACACACCUGCGCUGAAUAUCAACAGAAUGUGCGGUUCCGGCUUCCAGGCUUGCGUCAAUGUCGCGCAGGAAAUCAUGUUGGGAAACGCACAGAUCGGUCUGGCAGUUGGGACUGAAAACAUGUCGAUGUCGCCUUUCGUUUUGCGGGGCGCUCGAUUCGGGAUCCGCUUCGGGACCGAACCUCCCCUCGAGUGUUCGCUGUCGGCAACGUUGACGGAUCAGUAUUGCAAGCUGCCCAUGGCUCUCACCGCAGAGAAACUCGCCGAAAAGUACUCGGUAUCCCGAAAAGACGUUGAUCAGUUCGCACUCACUUCGCAACAGCGCUGGGCACAGGCUCAAGCGAACCAUCGAUUCAAGGAUGAAAUGGUGCCUUUGGACGUUAAAGUGAAAGGAAAAAUGGAAUCGAUGGACAUCGAUGAGCAUCCGAAACCGAAAACCACCAUUGAGAUUUUGGAGAAGCUCCCGUCACUCUUCAAGAAAGACGGCACGGUGACUGCUGGAAACGCUUCUGGCAUCUGCGACGGAGCAGGAGCGAUCCUUCUGGCUAGCGAGGAGGCUGUCAAGAAACACGGCCUGAAACCCCUUGCGCGUCUCGUCGGAUAUUCCUACGUCGGCGUCGAUCCCUCCAUCAUGGGCAUUGGACCAGCCCCGGCGAUCCGCGCCCUCUGCGACAAAACCGGCAUCAAGCAACAGAAUGUAGACCUCUUCGAGAUCAAUGAGGCUUUUGCGUCUCAAUUCCUGGCAGUGCAGAAGGACCUCGCUCUCGACCUCGGCAAUGUGAACGUGAACGGAGGAGCGAUCGCUCUCGGACAUCCCGUGGGAGCUUCGGGCGCUCGAAUCAUCGCUAACCUCGUCUACGAGCUGAAGGCUCGGCAGAAGAAAACUGCUAUCGGAUCGGCUUGUAUCGGGGGUGGCCAAGGAAUCGCGGUCAUGAUCGAGAACUGUUGAGUGACUGCGGAUCGUGAAUGAAGAUGUGUCGUUCAAAUGACUAGCGAAGACUGAUGCUAUCGCUGACACUCUGAGCAGGCCUGGGGAGAAUUUCCCGAAAGAAGAGGCAUCGAUCUCGGAUAAGGACUGGAAUCUGUUUUCCAUACGAUAGAGGAGUUUUCGAGAGAAUAAAGUUUUUUUUUCUCCUUUCUUAA